AUGUCGCAAAGACGCAACAAAGGUCAGCAUUGCUUGCAAGACGACUGUGGGUCCAGACGUUUCCAUGUCGGCGAGGACGGCUUCACAUAUUGUGAUCAGGGACACCAGCAGUCAGAGCUUGGUACCGUUGUCGCUGAAGACACCGGGGAGCUAGUAACGCGUGGCAAGACGUCCAGGAAGAAGGAGUCAGAUGCCGAGUCAGUCACGAGUAAGGCAACUGGGUUCAGCGGCGCUCGAGCAUAUGAGCAUUAUCUUCUCUGCAUACAACUUGUCCUUCGCAAGCAGCUCAAGUGGCUGAUUGAAGUGCAGAAGCUGCCCCAAGAACUAGAGACUCUAGUGAAAGACCUUUGGGCACUGAGACUGCAAAAACUACAGGACAAGGUAUCGUACGACUACGAGACGGACACUGAAGCAGCAUCCUCGCGCAUGAUGUUCAGCUCACAGUCUGAAGGAGAAUCCGGAACAGAUGUCGCAGCUUCAACUUCACAAAGGACUCGAACCACAUCUCGCAAGAAGUCUCACGGUCCAACCCUGACCGAGCUACUCUGCUUGAUACACACUGGUAUUAUGCUGCUCCGCAUACCGCUCACUAUUGCAGACUUACACCAGUGGGUUAGCAGAGAUAGGCUGUUGUUCUAUCGAGCAGCAAAGGAACUUCCCCUCUCGAUGCGAGAUCGCUUACCAGGUCAACUUCAGGAACAACUGGAACCUCAACAGCUGAUAGAACCAGCUGCACUCCACCGAGGUGUCUUAACACUGCUGACCGCUCUUGACACCGACUUUGGUAUGUUGGCGCCGCCACUCAAUCACGCUCUGAUUCUGUUCCGUUGGGUCAAAAAGCUUUGCCUGCCACUCGAAAUCUAUCUAGCCACUCAGCGACUUGCCCGCCUGUUGCACACCGACUUUUGCUAUACGUUGGAUGCCAAAGCUUGGACGAACAUGAGUUUACGGUUCCCGGAGAUUCGACUGAUGGCCUUGGUUGUCAUAACGACCAAGCUGCUCUUCCCGUUUGACGAUCGAAAACGAUAUGCCAGAUCUCCCAGCGAUCUGUCUGCCCUCAGCAUGGACUGGAAGUUGUGGGCCGAAAGUCAACAGCAUGGAGAUGUUUCAGAUUACGACCUUGGUCGAGAAAAUUUCCUAAGUUUCGAGGAAGCUUUCACCAUGACUGAAUCAAAGGGUCUUGAUCUUGCUGAAGAUCGUCUGGACCAGUAUCUGGACUGGUUCGAGGACAAUAUCGCGUCUGAAGAAGUGCGAGAGCGUGGUCGCGCUGGUCGCGAAGCAGAUUUCAGGAGAGCAUUGUUCAGGAUGUUCCCAACCCGGCCAACUCAUGGCGGCCCACGUGCAGAGCCCGAUAUUCGCGCACAUGGCAGUAGUUCGGCGGCUAAGCUUGCCCAAAGUCAAGGGGCGCUUCGUCCCAAGCGCAUAGUUGCGGAUGAGGCCUCCGAUGAUAUUCCGCGUGCCGGUAGCGCAUAUCCGCACUAUAGGUCCGAGGAAGAACUCAGUGGCACCACCAAGAGAUUCUACGAAAAGGCUUCGCAAUUGGUGGGGUACUCGUUGCAUGGCAUGGUGAGGGCGGUCUUCUUCAUGGAAAGAAGGCUGGCCAGACACGAGAACGAUCUGACAAAGUCGCAAAAGCAAGACAAUUCGUCAACGUCAACCAAAACAUAG